UCUCUUGAACCUUCACUAAACCCCUCGACUGUGAAUAUCUACACUCGGCCAUCGAUUCUCGCCGCCGAUAACUGAGAGCUGAAAUUGCAAGUUAAGAGUGAUGGGACUCGAUCGCGAGGAUCUAGAUUUGAUCAACGAUGACCAUUUCGUCGACAGGCAAAAGCUUUCAGCUCCUAUAAAGUCUACAGCAGAUAAAUUCCAGCUCGUUCCCGAGUUCUUGAAGGUGAGAGGACUUGUGAAACAACACCUUGAUUCGUUCAAUUACUUCGUCAAUGUCGGGAUUAAAAAGAUUGUCCGUGCUAAUUCUCUUAUUACAUCCUCUCUGGAUCCAGAAAUUUACCUGAGGUUUAAGGAAGUCAGAGUUGGUGAACCCUCGAUUUUAAACGUUAAUAUGGCGGAAGAAAUCAAUCCGCACAUGUGCCGAUUAGCAGACAUGACAUAUGCUGCUCCCAUAUAUGUCAAUAUAGAAUAUGCUCAUGGAAGUCAUGGGAAGACGCAACAUAGUGCAAAGGAUAACGUUAUUAUCGGAAGGAUGCCUAUUAUGUUGCGGAGUUGCCGAUGUGUAUUACAUGGAAAAGAUGAAGAGGAACUUGCAAGAUUGGGUGAGUGCCCUCUUGAUCCUGGAGGAUAUUUUGUCAUCAAAGGAACUGAGAAGGUCUUGUUGAUACAAGAACAACUUUCGAAGAACAGAAUUAUUAUUGAUUCUGAUAAAAAGGGGAACAUAAAUGCAUCUGUCACAAGCAGCACUGAAAUGACGAAAAGCAAAACAGUUAUUCAGAUGGAGAAGGGGAAGAUAUAUUUAUUUCUCCAUCAAUUUGUAAAAAAGAUUCCAAUAAUAAUUGUCCUAAAAGCUAUGGGAAUGGAAAGCGACCAAGAGAUUGUACAAAUGGUUGGAAGGGAUCCCCGUUUUAGCGCAUCACUCUUACCUUCUAUUGAGGAGUGUGUUAGUGAAGGUGUGAAUACACGAAAACAAGCACUGGACUAUCUCGAGGCAAAGGUUAAAAAAACAUCAUAUGGACCUCCACCUGAAAAGGAUGGAAGAGCUCUAUACAUUCUCAGAGAUGUAUUCCUUGCACACGUACCUGUGCGUGACAACAAUUUUCGCCAAAAAUGUUUCUAUGUUGGGGUGAUGUUGAGACGAAUGAUUGAAGCAAUGUUAAACAAAGAUGCCAUGGAUGACAAGGAUUAUGUUGGUAACAAGCGGUUGGAGUUAUCUGGACAACUAAUAUCUCUUCUCUUUGAGGAUUUGUUCAAAACGAUGAUCACUGAGGCCGUUAAAAAAGUAGAUGGUAUUCUUCAAAAACCUAACCGGGCAAGCCGAUUUGAUUUCUCACAAUGUCUUACUGGAGAGAAGAAUCAUAAUAUUUCUUUUGGAUUAGAAAGAACCCUUUCAACGGGUAACUUCGAUAUUAAAAGGUUCAGAAUGCAUAGGAAAGGAAUGACACAGGUCUUAACAAGGUUAUCUUUUAUCGGGAGUUUGGGGUUUAUUACGAAAAUUUCGCCACAAUUUGAAAAGUCCAGAAAAGUAAGUGGGCCUAGAUCUUUGCAACCCAGCCAGUGGGGCAUGCUUUGCCCAUGUGAUACCCCAGAAGGUGAAUCUUGUGGGCUUGUCAAGAACUUGGCUUUAAUGACUCAUGUCACAACGGAUGAAGAGGAAGGCCCGUUGGUUGCUAUGUGCUACAAAUUGGGUGUCACAGAUUUGGAAGUAUUAUCAGCAGAGGAGCUGCAUACUCCAGACUCAUUUUUGGUCAUAUUCAAUGGGCUAAUACUUGGCAAACAUAGAAGGCCUCAGUACUUCGCCAAUUCACUUAGAAGGCUGCGUAGAGCUGGGAAAAUUGGCGAGUUCGUCAGCGUGUUCAUAAAUGAAAAGCAGCAUUGUGUUUACGUUGCUUCUGAUGGUGGGCGAGUGUGUCGUCCACUUGUUAUAGCCGAUAAAGGAGUAUCAAGGGUUAAACAACAUCACAUGAAGGAAUUACAGGAUGGGGUUCGCACUUUUGAUGACUUUAUCCGUGACGGUUUGAUCGAGUAUCUUGAUGUCAAUGAGGAAAAUAAUGCAUUGAUUGCUUUAUACGAGAGUGAUGCUACGUCGGAAAUGGCAGAAACGGCAGAAGCUGCCAAGAUAAGGGAAGGCACAACCCACAUUGAGAUUGAGCCUUUCACCAUCUUAGGUGUUGUUGCUGGUCUUAUCCCCUACCCUCACCAUAAUCAGUCACCUAGAAAUACUUAUCAGUGUGCUAUGGGAAAACAAGCUAUGGGAAAUAUUGCUUACAACCAGUUAAAUCGGAUGGACACAUUGCUUUACCUAUUGGUGUAUCCUCAGCGACCCCUGUUGACAACAAGGACUAUUGAAUUGGUUGGAUACGAUAAACUUGGAGCAGGUCAAAAUGCAACAGUUGCUGUGAUGAGUAAUACCGGAUACGACAUUGAGGAUGCAAUAGUGAUGAACAAAGCAUCCUUGGAUCGUGGUUUUGGCCGUUGCAUCGUUAUGAAAAAAAUUGUUGCGACGUGCCAGAAGUAUGGUAACGAUGCAGUAGACAGAAUACUCAGGCCACAAAGAACAGGCCCAGACGCAGAAAAGAUGCAGAUACUGGAUGAUGAUGGAAUUGCUGCUCCAGGGGAAAUUAUUAGACCGAAUGAUGUCUAUAUAAAUAAACAAAUCCCUGUGGACACUAGAGACAACAUUACAUCUCCGCUAUCGGAUAGUCAAUAUCGUCCGGCAAGAGAGUAUUUUAAAGGUCCUGAAGGGGAGACGCAAGUAGUCGAUAGAGUUGCUCUCUGUUCUGACAAGAACGGCAAUUUAUGCAUAAAAUAUAUUAUCCGACAUACUCGUCGACCAGAGCUUGGCGACAAGUUCAGCAGUAGGCAUGGACAGAAAGGUGUAUGUGGUACAAUCGUUCAGCAGGAAGAUUUUCCAUUUUCUGAGCGCGGAAUUUGCCCUGAUUUGAUCAUGAAUCCUCAUGGGUUUCCAAGUCGUAUGACAGUAGGUAAAAUGAUAGAACUCCUUGGAAGUAAGGCUGGGGUUUGUUCUGGUAGAUUUCAUUAUGGUAGUGCUUUUGGAGAAAGAAGUGGUCAUGCUGACAAGGUUGAGACUAUAAGUGCUACCCUUGUGAAGCAUGGGUUUUCCUACAGUGGGAAGGACUUGCUAUACUCAGGUCUCAGUGGCGAGCCAUUACAAACAUACGUCUUUAUGGGGCCAAUAUAUUACCAGAAACUGAAACACAUGGUACUGGACAAAAUGCAUGCCCGAGGGAGUGGACCCCGUGUUAUGAUGACAAGACAGCCUACUGAAGGAAAAUCUAAAAAUGGAGGUUUACGAGUGGGAGAAAUGGAACGAGAUUGUCUUAUCGCUUAUGGGGCCAGCAUGUUGAUCUAUGAGCGGCUCAUGAUUUCUAGUGAUCCUUUUGAAGUUCAGGUUUGCAGAACUUGUGGUCUAUUGGGAUAUUACAAUUACAAGCUGAAGAAGGCAUUUUGCUCAACUUGUAAAAAUGGUGAUAACAUUGCUACUAUGAAACUCCCAUACGCAUGCAAGCUCCUCUUCCAGGAACUCCAGUCGAUGAAUGUUGUUCCGCGUCUGAAACUCGUGGAGGCUUAUUGAUCUCAGGGAAAUGUUGUCAAAACUCUGAAGAUUGUUUUUAACUUUAUUAUGAUAGAAUUUGAGACGUGGCUUUUGAUAUUCUAAUGUACAAGCCUUCGAGGUUGGAUCGUAUUUUUGUAAACGUCCUGCAAUUUUGGUCUUCUCCUUUUUGGACGUUUAGAUGAAUAAGAAAUAAAGAAUCAUAUGUUUCUGUUGCAUUUUCUGUUCUCUAAC